UAAAAUAAAAUGUAUAAGACUUAAUAUUAAAUUAGGUUAAUAUCACACUUAUCUUGUUCAUAUAAAUUUAACAAUUCAGGGGAAAAAGAAAAACCUUUAAAUUUAACAAGCUAUAUAUAUCGCUGCCUCGUAGUAUUUUGACAAAAGCCACAACUUAUAAACUGAAUUAACCCAAAUUAAAAGAAAGAAGAAAAUGAGCCAAGAACAGCCACGUAGGUCUCAAGGCGACCAAGAACAGGUCAAAUACGACGACAUUUCCAUGGAAACUUCCAUGAAGAUACAAUCGACCAUACAGAGCCAGGCCCAGUGGAACGGUUUAGACGUCUCCAACUUGGCUAGAGGGGAAGGUGUCGAGAUUAUGGAGAGCACCACUGACGUCACUGACAACCAAUCAGUCGGUGGGCAGGUUGUUAGUGAGUAUGGUCAUCAACAGCAGCGGAGGGUCUCAUCAGUUGCUGAUGAUGAUCUUAGUGAGUCGUGUGCAAUAACAAUAGGAGAAGCUCUAGAAGCGACGGCAAAGACCCUUGGGCAUAAGGCGGUGGAUAAGAUUGACGCGGCGGCCAUUCAAGCUGCGGAGGCUAGAGCAACAGGUAGUAAUGACGUCACACCAGGUGGCCUUGCCUCAGUGGCUCAAUCAACGGCCACCUUCAAUUGUGGUAUUGAUGUGGACGAGUGCUACAAGUUUAAGCUCCGAGAUAUUCUCACCGAUGCGAGUGCGAAACUUCCGGCUGACAAAAGAGCGACACAGAAGGACGCAGAAGGGGUGGUGAAAGCAGAGCUGCUGAACAACCCCGUUCCGAUGACAAAGCCGGGCGGAGUGGCCGCGUGUGUGAAGACAGCUGCUACCCUCAACGAAACUAUUAUUAUGUGAUGACUUGUUUUCUUUACUGGUGCAUGGCCAUAGUUUAGUAUUAUGUUUUUUCCUCCUAUUAUUAUGUGUUAACUUGUUUUCUUAACUUGCGAGGCUUUAGUUUUUUUUUUUUUUUCGUGUAAAAAUAUUAAGCUGCUUGCUAAACAUACAUAAUCAUAUUAUGUAAUCAUGUAUUCAAGAAUUUAGCCGUAGUAGGAUCUAGUAAAAAUUCGUAGGAUUUUCUUUUUACCAGUUAUUUUAGAAAGAUUGUGUGAUUAUUAUAAAAUAGAGUGUAUACUCUUACGAUAAGACUCGAUUGUAUGUAUAUAAUUAAAAUUUUAUAUAUUAUAAUAAUAUUUAAUUAUA